AUGAUAAAAGGUCCAAGGAGUAUUUGGAUUGGCGCCAAUGACAUUGACUCCGAUGGUGUGUUUGUGUGGGAGAACAGUGGGGAUCCUGUCCGUUAUACCGAUUGGUCACUGGAUAGUCCAAGUAAUACCACAGAUAUCCAAAGUUGUGCACGCUUAAAAGCAGGCGAAGGAUGGAAGGAUAUUUCAUGUACAAAACUUGUGAAAUAUGUUUGUCAAGCUAAUGUCCCUCUUGAUGACCGUACUGAACAGGUGCCCGGGUCAGGUCAAGAAUCUUCAAGUAUAAUGGUAGCUACGGAGGACAUGGAGCCAACCUCUCCGAGUAACACUGAGCACGUUACUAGAAAAGGCCCUGGGAGGCCAAUAUCCACUGUUAGUUCCUCUUCCCCGAAGAAUACUUCAGACCAGUUGAGCAAAAUCCGGUCAGUCGAAUCGCUGACGGCCGACAGAAGCAGAGGUAUCACUAUAGCUCACUUCGCCCUUCGGCCUGCAUUGACAAACUUAUGCCCAAGCGAAGAAUGGCUCCAAUAUCAGACGACUUGUUACCUUUUCAUGCAUGAGCAGGUAGACUGGUUUUUCGCCAAGAAUUCCUGUGCAACCAACAAUGCACACAUGCUGAGGAUUGAUAACACCGCCGUCAAUACAUUUAUACAUUCAAUCCUGUAUGUGAAUGGUCCAAGGUAUGUUUGGACUGGCGCCAAUGACCUUGACUCCGAUGGUGUGUUUGUGUGGGAGGACAGUGGGGAUCCUGCCAAUUAUACCGAUUGGAGACUGAAUAGUCCAAGAAAGAACAAUGAUUUCCCACGCUGUGCACGCUUAAAAUUAGGCGAAGGAUGGAAUGAUAUUGCAUGUACAAAUCUUGUGAAAUAUGUUUGUCAAACUAAAGUCCAUCUUGAUGACCGUACUGAACAGGUACCCGAGUCAGGUUUGUAA